UCACACUGUGCGUGUGUUCUUGUAUGGUAUUGUCUGUGUGUGUCCUCCGGGUCUGCAGGGGUCGCUGGCUUGUGUUUGUCCUGCUCGCGGAAAACAGGAAGGAGUUCCGGUGAAUAUCAGAUUUCCGAUGGUUCUGGUUCUCCGAUGAAUUUGGAAAAUAAUCCGAACAGAUGGAUGUCUAGAAUGGAUCUGGAUUUUGGGAACAAACUGCCCCAGGCUCUGUCAUCAAACACUAAAGUGCCCCAGGCGCUGUCGUCAAACCCGAAACUGCCCCAGACUCUCUCUUCUAGCGCAAAAUUUCUUCCCACAGGCCCGUUUCAGCACUACGGCCGCCCGACGGGUGUGAAAGUGAAGGAGGAAGACGAAAGCGUGGAGGAUUUCUUUCACUUCGCUCAGCAUCUUCAGCAGCAGACCGGAGAGUGCCUGACGGCCUGCUGCGGUGGAGUGAAUCCUAAAAUCACCAAUCCGCCCAAACCUAACAGCCGGCCCUCCGCAGACAGACCGUACCACUGCCAGGAGUGCGACAAAUACUUCCGAAUCAACGAUAUCAAGAGACAUCAGAGAAUACACAGCGGUGAGAGGCCGUUUCCUUGCUUCCAGUGCGGGAAGAAUUUCCCCACGUCAGGGGACCUGAAGCGGCACGAGAGAAUUCACACGGGAGAGCGUCCGUACCACUGUCUUCAGUGCGGCAAGAAUUUCUCAGAUUCGAGCCACCUGAAACAGCACGAGAGGAUGCACACAGGCGAGAGGCCUUACCAGUGUUCCCAGUGCGCUAAGCGCUUCUACAGGUCUGGAGAUCUCAAACGCCACCUGAGAAUCCACAGUGGCGAGCGGCCGUACAAAUGCCUCCAGUGUGGCAAAACCUUCUCGGAUUCCGGACAUUUGAGGGGCCACCAGCGCAUUCACACGGGAGAGAGACCCCAUCGUUGCACCCUGUGUGAGAAAAGUUUCUUUCGAUCCGGCGACCUGAAGAGGCAUUACAGAACCCACACGGGCGAGAGACCCUACCAGUGCUUCCAGUGCGGGAAGAGCUUCUCUGAGUCUGGACACCUGAAAGAACACCGGAGAAUCCACACGGGGGAAAAGCCGUACCAGUGCAACCAGUGCGACAAGAGCUUCUCCAGACUGGAGCGUCUGAAAGGUCACCAGAGCAUCCACACGGGCGAGAGGCCGUUCCACUGCGCGCAGUGCGGCAAGAAUUUCUUCCGGUCGGGGGAGCUGAAGCGCCAUCAGAGGAUUCAUAACGGUGAAAGAGCAUGAAUGGGCAGCCUGCCUCUGAUGACGGCGACUUCUGCUUCUAUGCUGUCGCUUGACGUUUUUCCAGAACAUCUCGAUCCAAAGGGUCUGUGGGUGCAUGUGUGUCGAUGGAAGAGUGAAUCUUUACUGCAGUGGACACUUACUCUACAAGUCAAACUCUAGAGGACGCGCUGACGUUUCCUUUUUUCCCUAGUCUGAUGAUGUGAUUGCUCAGUAGAUAUCAGGAUCUGUCAAUGUAAAACAUUGUUAUAAACUCUUGCACCACUGACAUGUGUAGCUGUAGUCCGUUAUGAAGUACUACCUCCAAAGCAUCUGUCCUGUUCUCAACCAGCCCAUGGCUUGGCUUGUCAUUCACAAAGUCUGUAUGUUGUAGAAACAUCAAGUGUCCAGUGACUCAUUAGGACCACGUAUAUUCUAAAUAUGACUGUGUAUGCUUACAUUCCCUGGUAUUCAUUUACUUUCCUUUUAUAAUCCUGAAUGAUGUUUCUGUUGUUGUAGUACAGAGGAUGGUGACGUGAGAUGAUGAUGGGUUGAUCCAAACACAUCAUCAUCAUCCCGUGUUUUGUUUCAGUCAUUCAACAGUGACCGGUUCACAGAUAAUACAUGGAACACUAUUAUUGUUUGUCAAUAAUAUGGUCAUUACUGUCAUGUAAACACACUGAAUGGAUGUUCUUUAAGAAACCAAACAAGUCUUCUGGUGAGGUCUUUAGCAUCAGGUGAAUUAUGUGUUAAUCUGACACUUUAACAUGAAUUAGAUUAAGUGUUCACCUUCAACCCCUGUCUUUACACAUGUUUAUCAAAUCAUCCUGCCUCUUACUUUCCUUCAUAUAUAUAUAUAUAUAUAUAUAUAUAUUUGUAUUUAACCAUUUGAAGUGUGUUUAGCGUAGAAAGAUUUAAUUCAAUCGCAAUGAGUUUUUACAGUGAUUUAACAUCAUAUGGUCAUGAAUGUUUAUUCAUUCCAUCGUCCCAUAAUAAACAAAAAAACAUAAACCUU